CGCUGCACUGAGGCUCCGCGCGUGCGUCGCCGCAUAUUCAUAUUAUGUGGGGACCGCGCAUGCGCGUUGAGUAUCGUGCUGUCCUACUCUACGGAGCAGCCGUGACGUAGAACCCGUCCGUCGACCUGCCAGCAUCGAACUGAGGUGCAGCGCGUGCGCCGGGAAUAUUUAUAUCCUCGGUCGGCGCAUGCGCAAACCGGACGACGACUGCAGCGCUCCCUGACGUUCGCCGUUGGAAUUAAUUUUCACAAUUUUGUAUAUAAGGCGUGAGAAUCGUGAAUAAAUUGUUCAUUGUCAUUACCACCUUCACCGUGUGUUUUACUCUGAGCUCUACCCAAGGCCGCUACAUCUGGUAACCCCGACGCUGAAGAAAUCGCUGCAGGAGAAAACUAUGGCCGAACAAGGAGCAAGCACUCAGCCACAGAUGAAGAUCACUUCUGAAGUCCCUGAGGGUCUCGUCAGUGACAUCAGCGCAGUCUCUGUGCAAUCCAGAAUGCUGCCAUUUUGGAGACAACAUCCGCGCGCCUGGUUUCUACAUUUUGAAGCCGUCGUCGACCCCCUGAAGACGUCCGACGACCAAAAAUAUCGUUACCUGCUCCAACAACUGCAGCAAACCGAUCUAGAGCACAUUACGGACAUUCUCUACGAUCCGACAGCCAGCAAAAAAUAUGAAAAGGUGAAGCAGCGUCUACUAGAGACAUACGACACAUCAGACGUAAAAAACUUCCAGAAACUCGUCAGCGGCCUAGAAUUGGGAGACUUGAAGCCGUCGCAACUCAUGCGGAAGAUGAAAGAGCUCGCAAGCGGCAUGAUCACAGAAGAAGGACUCCGGAUCGAGUGGAUGAACCGCCUUCCCGCGCAAGUUCGCGUCAUACUCUCUAUUAAUAAAGAGUCGUCGCUAGAAACUCUAGCGGCGAUGGCCGACAAAAUGGUGGAGUACGCAGAAGUUCCCAGCGUUGCUGCCGUCACAGCAACGUGCCCCGCACCAGCGCCGUCAACCUCGUCAGCUUCAGAACCUUCCUACAUGGAAACUCUAGCAAGACAAAUCGAGAAGCUCACGCUGGAAGUCGCCGAGUUACGUCGCGGACGGUCACACUAUCGCAACCGUCGCCGCUCAUUCUCAAGACCGCGAUCACGCUCGCAUUCAAGGCGGCGUGGUCCAAGGCCAGGACAGGAAGACUCGUGGGAAUGUUAUUACCACUACACCUUCGGAGAUAGAGCUAAAAACUGCGUGUCCCCGUGUCGCCGCAGAAACAAGAAGAGUUCGGGAAACUAACUCGGACACCGACCGUGGCGGACGUCGGUGUCUCCCGCACUAGUCAUCGCCUCUGUGUCUUCGAUCGCGACACCCGAGAACGUUUCCUCGUGGA